CUGAAGAUCAGUCUGUCAAGGGAACAAAGAAUCCAAGGUCACCAGAAGAGGGUUCACCAGAGGGGUUAAAGGUUGAAACAGAUCCAAUUGAAAUGUCUGAUACUAUGACACAAAAAGAAGUUCCUAAAAAGGAAGCCAGCACAAAGAAAGCUACAUCUCCUAAGAAGGGAAUCAAAAAGCCAAAAAAAUUCAAGCCACCAGCAAACUUUGGUUUUCAGGGAGGAGGUGACAUAGAAAUAUUUGCCCCACCCCCGAAAAACGGUAAUCCGAGUGAAGACGAGCAACAGGCAGAGCCUUCAGCCAAUGAGCUUGACAUACCUGGAUCACAUGACGUGGAAGCGACCAAUCAGAUGGCACAGAGUCUGGAAAUGGUCCAUGAGUUUGGUGCUGGAGAAAUGCCUGAAGAAGAUAAUGAAGGCUUUGCUACAGCACAAGCAGGAAUUGAUGAACAGUCAGCCUGGGAGAUGCUGGAUAAAUAUGGAACAGAAGAAAAGUGUGAACAUGGAGAAGUGAGUGUUUAUGACAAGGAAUUUGUUCAGGAAGAAAAAACAGAAGAGGUAGAUGUUCCUCCUGUGGAAUCCAGUGUUGAUCCUGAAGACUUAAUUAACAGCAGCCCUAGUCCUUUAAUGACCACACCUAAGGCAUCGACUCGUGUUCCCAAACACCCAGCGGCUCGGGUACUGGAGGAGAAUCUGGAGGAGCAUGGGGGUGUAAGGGGAAGUAAUAAGAACAACAGUGAUGAAACUGACGAAUUGAAAUACUACGACGCUUACGAAUAUCCACCUAAGAAGGAUGGUAAAGAAAUGACAGAGGCGAAAUCUCCGGUUGAUAACAAUAUUGUACAUCUAGUCCAGGAACAGAGCAGCAAUAAUAAGGUGCUAAAAUACUCACAGUCUGAUGUGAACAAAAUAAAGCAGGAGUUAGAGCUGGACUUUCAGGCCCGACUCCUAAACAAGGAGCGAGAAUGGAGCCAGAAACUGGGGGCUCGGGACAAAGUCAUCACAGAGCUACAGGAACAAAACAAACUGUACAAGGCAACCAAUGAGGACAUGAGGGCAGUUGUUGCCGAGUUUGAGAAGACUAUUGCCCAGUUACACAGUGAAAAAGAGAGAUCGGUGAAUGAAUCCCAACAGACAUUUGAAGAAGUCGUCAAGGAGAGAGACCAGGCCUUAGAAGAUCUUCAAGGAGUGGAAGCCUCAUUUUCAGAUUUGCACAGACGAUACGAGAAAACAAAGGGUGUUGUGGAGGGGUUCAAAAAGAAUGAGGAAGUAUUAAAGAAGUGUAUCCAGGACUACCAGAGUAAACUAAAGGUCGCCGAGGACAAACUACAGGAAUUUGUACAGCAGGCAGAGACCAAGAUUGACAGUGCUAACAAUGAAAUGGAGCGCACUCGUAAGGCGGCAGCAUCAGACAUCGCUCGUCUGGAGGCGGCGGUGAAGAAAGCGGAACUUCAAGUCCAGAGUCUACAGAGGUCACUGGAUCAAAAGGUAAAAGAAAAUGAAGAAUUGACCUCAAUAUGUGAUGAACUGAUAGCAAAAGUUGGAAGCUGAAAACACUUCCAUAUCAGUGUACUGUUAUCAACCCAACUCCAUACAUGAGACUGUUCACCAAGUUUCAUAUAAAUUCCUCGAGAUUGAAUGACUUGGUAAUUAGAGUGCUUUAUUGAAAAUGAAUACCUGCUUUUGGAGAACUGCCAUUAUUAUUCAUCACUCAGUUUUGAUAUAUGUCAUUUUAUGAAUCUGAUUCAUGAUUUAUAUGAAUAUAUGCUGUCAACGUUCAUUAAUUUUUUGCCUCCAGUAUAAGCUUAAUUAUUAUGAUCUUAAUUGAAUUUGAACAAAAAAUUUGAUUUUUUUCUGCUUCUAACAUGCUUACAACUAACAUAAAGCUUCUAUUUGUACACAAUAAUUGUUACUUUUGAUAUACAUUAUACUCAUUUUUUCCCUAAUAAAAUUCAGGUACAUGACUUUGUUUGAAAGAGAGAAACCGAUAAACUGGGUACCCAAUGUGAUACAAAAACCAUUUUUGUUCUUGUUAAUAACAGAAUACAGAAUUUAUUGUUUCAGAAAUAUUUUACUAUGUAUUAUUACAGUUUGUUAUGUUUACAAUGCAAAUUUUAUUUGCUGUGAAAAUGAUAUUCCUAUGAUAUAUAUGUUACUGAACGAAUUGUUACACCUUGAAUUUCAAAUGUACUUAUAAAUUGUGCUGAAACUUUGAACAUAUGAAAAGUAUAGGAAUGAGGGAUGUAUGUUCAUCAUUAUAGCUAUUUAUAUUAUUUAAAAUUCUUCAAAGUGUCAUUUACGGUUCAUUGUUCCCUGAUAUGUACAUGUAUGUAUAGAAUUAUCAUGAUUUUCAUAUAUAUUUCAACAACUGUUGAUAGGUUUUGCAAGAGUUAUCCUCCUUAGGUAAAGUGAUGAUCACCGUAAAAAACAGAUAAGAGAGUUUAAUGUGAGGAUGAUUUUUAAGAUCAUUUCGUGAUGGAUAUAAAUAUCAUAAAAAAUUGUAUAAUGAGGACCCUGCAAUUAAUUCACAAAACCCGUAAAACACCAAAUAACCACAUUCACAAUGAUUGAUUGAUACAAAUUUGUCACAAUGUACACUAUUUUAAUUUUACAAAUUUAUGCUAGGUUUAUUUUUUGGUGCUUUGUUUGAUUUUGAAGAGGAAUUAAAUCUCGUUUAUUGCACUGCAUCCCCAUGACUGAUUUUUCAAUACACUAUACAUAUACACAGGUGCACUGUCUCACAGGCAUUUUAUGAAAUGAAAAUUUUCAAAUGAUAAACAUUACAUAGAAACAUACAUACAGAAUAAGCAUAGUAUCAUUUACACCAUUUAUAAUUCAUGAUAUAUAUGGAUCAAGUUUGCUAGAAAUUGCCUGUUCUGGGUUGACUACCAGCACACUUUUGAAGAAAAUGAUUUUCACAAGAGAAAAAAGGGAAGAGAUAAAAAUAUUAUUCAAAAUAAAAUUUGCAUCCAUAUUAUAAAUAUCAUAUGCUGAAAUAUUUAAAUCUAGUGCAGAAAUGGAGGAAGUCAAAAUCAAUAAAUCUACUCCUAGAAAUAUUUUGAAAGGUAAAUCCUAAUUACAAGGUGGAAAUCUUUUAUUCAAUAAUUUUGUUAUAUCAGCAAUGCGAUGAGAAUACAGUACAUAGGAAUUGUGUGUUUACAAAUUUGUAUAAAUAUUGAGUUCAGAAUGUUGUACAAUAAAUUAAAGUCUGCAGUUGCCAUGAUUACACAUUUUAUCAUAUCUGGUCAUUUUGUUGCAAUUUCACUUGUGCAUGUUAUUUGAUAUACUAUGAUUUUUAUUAAAAAUUCAGAGAUGAGAAA